UUGGGAUUGUGUCGUGCUGUCACUAAUUUGCGUUUCCAUGCUUUGGCAGACGUUCUACUGAAAGUAGUUUCUGGUUUACUUAAAAUACCCUUCAGCUGUAGUCGCUGCAUAGUUUACACUGCACAUAAAACCAACAAUUUGGGAGCGGCAAAUUUAAGUCAUUAGUUGAAGGGCACGAUGGAGAAUAAACGGAAAAAAAAGAUGACUUACUUCACAAUUGGACUUAUCUUUCUUCUAAGUGGAAUGGAAUAUGCUGUUAUCUUGCCCACGAUAUGGAGGUACCUGCAGACUCUGGGGGCAGCGCCUUACUUCCUGGGUCUGMGCCUAUCGGCAUUCAGUCUGUCUGGUCUCCUCUCGGGCCCCUGGUUUGGCUACUGGUCUGACAAGACACACGCCACCAAGAAGAUAAUCCUGUUUGCAAACCUCUUUGAAAUUGUCGGUAACUUCAUGUAUUUCAUGGGCUACUCCAAGUGGCUUUUGAUCUUUAGCAGACUAGUGGCAGGUGUUGGUACAGGUGCGGGUUCGUCCAUCUUUGGCUUCAUGGGCCGAUGCACAGCCCACAAGGACCGCUCCGCCGUGUUCGCAUCGGUCAUGGCGUGCCGACAGAUUGGCCUAAUGAUUGGUCCRGUAUUGAAUCUCUUCCUGAGGCUUUGUGACUUCAAGUUGGGGCCGUUCGUGGUGAACAAGUACACUGCACCUGGGCUUUUUAUGUGCUUGAUGUGGACCCUCCUCCAGCUUGUCGUGGUCUUCAUGUUCUGGGACAUCCUCCCCGGGAGGAGCCGGUGGGGGAGGGAGCCGAGGGGGUGGGGGAGGGAGCCGAGGGGGGGGGAGGGAGCGAGGGGGUGGGGAAGGAGCCGAGGGAGCCGUGGGGGAGCCGACGGGGUGGGGGAGGGAGCCGUGGGGGGAGCCACCUGGGAUGGAGGGGCGAGAGGGGAUGGAGCCGAGGGGGAGCCACCUGGGAUGGAGCCGGGGAGGUGGCGGAGGGGAAGCCCUUGCUCGGGCCACGCCCAGACAUCCUGGGGUCCUACGGCUCGGUGGUGA